AUGAAGUACGCCAUCCCCACCACUCUUCUCCUAACGGCAGCAGCAGCGACGCCGACUACCACGCCUCCCUCGGCCUCUGAGCCGCCCUGUGCUGUUGUCAGCCGCUUGGCUGCGGCUCAGAUAGCUGCUUCUCCUAAUGAUACUCCGACCGUUGCGGCUGAAUUGGCGCACGACUGCUUGAACUCUGUGCCCUUGAAUAAGACCGCUGCCAUUAUGUUGGUUGAUGCCAUGGUACCGUACAUGGAUUGGCAGAGCGAUUUGGCCUGGAAAAAGAACCCCCCCGCCGAUUACUUCUACCCUCCUCACGACGCACUUGGAUAUCUCGCUUCGGUGAAGUCGAAUUUGGAGAACAAUAAAUACGCAAACGAAUACAAAUUCCAAGAGGACUUAUACCAGGUAUUUGCAAGGUCACACGAUGGCCAUUUUUUGUUGUAUCCGGAUGCGUACACCAAGGCAUUCAAAUUCGGCCGCCAGAGAUCCCUCGUUUCGAUCAGUGAAGACGGAACUUCUCUUCCCGUGAUCAAGCUUUACGAGGAUGUUAUUUCGUCUCCAUCAACGGCUUCCGUCGUCUCCAAGAUCAACGGAGUAGAGGCUUCCAAAUAUGUUGCCGAUACCAUCUUCGCUUCUUCCCUCCAUCAUGAUCCGGAUGCAGCUUACAACUCUAUGUUCUUCGAAAAAGCCUUCUUUGCAGUUGAUUCGGGAACUGGUUACUUUGCGGAUGGUGGGCGCACGCGAUUCACCUAUCCAGGGCCCAAUACGACAUUCGAAUUCGCAAACGGGACCAAUCUGGUCACAGAGAACGUCGCCACCGUCUUGGGAUCAUUCGUCGGAGUCACGGACGGAGCAUCGUUUUACAAUAAGUUCUGCACUGGUUCCGAGGUGACCGAUGAGCCCGUCGAUGGCGGAGAGGAGGAGGAGGUGUCAACUGAAGUUGUCACUGUUUUCGGCUACCCGGAGCCUGUUCUCAUCACGAACGACACCAGUGUCUCCGGCUACUACCUUGAUGGGGAGGGCUUCGAAGAUGUAGCAGUGCUCGGCGUCCUCUCUUUCGAAUCCAACUCCCCCCUCGAAUUCCAGGGCGUCAUCCAGAACUUCUUUGCUGCUGCUAAGGCUGCCGGCAAGACUAAACUCGUUAUCGACCUCAGUGCCAACGGUGGUGGAUUGAUUUUCCACGCAUAUGAUCUUUUCCGACAGCUCUUCCCAACCAUAGACCAGGGCGGCAACAGCCGCUUGAGAAAGAGCGACACGCUUACGGCCAUCUCCGAGAUUUACUCCGCAGAAUCCGCAGACUUUGAUCUCGCCAACUCCUCGGAAGACGAAAUCAAUCAAGCGAGGAUAUUUUUCAACUACCGAUACGACUACAACAUCAGCAACCAACCAUUCGAGUCCUUCCAGGCAAAGUUUGGGCCCAGAGUCAUUGACGGCGUCAACUACACCGAGCUCAUGCGCUGGAACUGGAACGAUCCUUUGACCAGCAACGCGACUUUCGGCUUCGGGACCGACGUCACUGGCUAUGGAAGCAGAACUAAUUUCACACAACCAUUCGAGACUGAAAAUAUCAUCAUGCUAACAGAAGGCUUUUGCGGAUCUACGUGCUAUCUUUUUGAGGAAUUUAUGAGGAGCUCAGCUGGCGUUAAAUCUGUCGUCAUGGGAGGCCGCCCUCAGCCGGGCCCGAUGCAAACCGUAGGCGGCGUCAAAGGCUCCCAAAGCUUUCUUUGGGAAGAUGUUCUUAAUUAUUCUCAAGAUGCCCUCAACAAUGCCAGCGAAGCCCAAGCAGCUAUUCUACGCAAGAUCACCAGCUUGCCAAUGAACCGCUCUUCCGUAGCUGGCCUCAAUAUUCGUGACACCAUUGCUCCUAGCAACAUCGAUGACGGACUCCCCGCUCAAUUCGUCAGAACGGAAGCUGAUUGCAGGCUCUUCUUUACCCAAGAUAUGAUCACUGAUGUUACGGCGAUUUGGAAGGCUGCUGCUGGUGCGGCUUUCAAUGGUGGGAAAGACAUUGUCGGCCCUACCAGAAAGGAGGCGAUAGAGCCAGCAAUCAAUCAAAGAGAUAUCGUCGGCCCUACCAGAAAGGAGGCGAUGAAGCCAGCAACCCACCAAAGAUAUGUUGCCGGCUCUCGCAGGGAUGGAGUGAGCAGGUCAUUGAGAACUGCUUCAAGGAGAACUCAAAAGUGGCUUGCAAAAUUCAACCUCCAAAUCAUUGAUCUGCUCGUGGCUUUUCUCCUCGUCUUGGCUUUUACUACUCAAGAAAAUGAUACUGCGAGCUUGUCCGAUCUUCGAGGACCCAUGUCACGAGACAUUUUGGGUCUCACGGCAGAAUCUCAAAAUAAGAGCAAUCAAGUUAGCUGCCCGGAAGGGAAAAAAGCAUUUCAUUCCGAAAGGGACUGCGACGAAACGAGUCGUCUCUACGAUAGAGAGCCUCGGCUUCGACCUCGACCUCGCCAAGGGACUUUUGGUCUCGGAGCUGGGGAUCUCUGCCAUCUUGUAUUGUCAAGUGUGAUCACCCAAGGUACUUACUGA